AUGUAUAGUGAAAAUGAUGGAACUGAACCACUUUCAGUUAGUUUCUUCGAUAUAAUCAACUCUAAUAGUGUAAAUAAAGUUGAAAAUGCACUGACUUAUUUGGAAUUAGUAAAGAAAACCUUCGCACAUGAUGUUGUCCUAUAUUCUGAGUUCUUAGAUAUCGUAGAAGAUUUUAAAUCCAUAAGUGUCAGGGCUGUUGAAUUGAUUCAGCGUAUCAGUGACAUUUUUUAUGAUAUUCCUGAGCUUAUACAUGGUUUGAAUGCUUUUCUGCCCCGUGGGUAUGAAAUACAUGUUGAUAAUCAAAUAUUAGCUAUACGAGAUCCGUCGGGUAGUGUAAAGUAUUCGAAUCUAAAAAAUCACAAUAGUGGAGAGUUAACAUCAGCUAGCCGUUUAGCUUUCGAGUAUCAUUUUGCAUGUAACAAUGAUUCAGAUGUAUCCGGCUUUUCGAGCCAGUCUGCAUUGAUAGGAGCUAGAUUAUCUGAUUUCGCUAAGAGUUCAUCCAAUAUAGGCUUCUCUUCGUAUCAGAAAACUGCUCGAAUGUUCAAAAGUGACUUGAACGUUCUUCUGCAGAAAGAUAGUCAGUUAGCUCAUGCACACCAAUCAAGAAAGGCUGAAGAAUCAGACGAAGAACGACCUGAUUUCGUAGACGACAGUGAUUAUGAUCAUGAAACCUGGGAUGUUUCGAAGUUCAAUGAUAUGCUGGCCAUGAUGAAUCGCGCAAUGAAAGAUGAAGUUCCAUCUUUGAGCUUAUCCAACAUAAAAUCAGGAUCACCAUUGUCGAGCGUUAAUACAAGAGAGAAGUUCUACGAUAUGGCAACCGUAAAAGAUAGAUCUGAGCAAUGCGAACAAGAUCAAAGUAUCAGCAUGCCUAUGAAUCCUCUUGAAGGUACCUCAACAGCUUCGUUUCCUUGUAUGGAAGAAGCAGUUGCUGUUAGUGACCGUCUUGUAAACAACUUGGAAACAAGUCAGGAUGAUAUCCGUGUGAGCCUUGGUUGUGCCGAGAAUUGCAGUGACUCCGACGACGUUGACAAUCCUCUGGAUGCUCAGUGUAAAGAAGAAGCAAUGGAUGAGUUUCUCGAGAAGGAGUUUUGCGUCAAACCUAUCAGGAGAAGAAUGAGAAGAACAGAACAUGAUCUAAUCAGUCGCGCUGUUCAAAAGAUUCGCACGUUCGGUUCAACUCCUACCGUAUGCUUGACCGAAAAAGAGAAGAAAUUUAAUCAACUACGUCAUUUUGGUAUUGGUCAUCCAAGGGACAAGACACGAACUCUUAAAUUACAUAGGAGAAAAAGCGAAGGAGGGAACGAAGCAGAUUACGACUCCACUCAUGAAAGUUGUUAUAUUAGUGCGAAUAACUCUUUCAGCAAUAAGUUCAACAAUAGUGUCGUCUCAGACCCUCAAACAUCUUUUUCGAAUUCAGAAGAGGACGUUGAAAAGGAGGCAAGUAAUAGAUAUGGAUAUUACAUUACUCAUUCUCAAAAGAAUGACCGACUUGAUAUUGGACCGGCUAAUUCCAACAGCCAAGGUUUUCCUGAUCUGUUCAAGAAUCGAAUCAAAUUGUGUGUACCGAAACCUAUUGUACCACCUUCAACCGCCUGCCAAAGUGAGAGAAAAAGAAAGAAGAACGGAAUUUUUCCAUAUUAUUCCGAUUCUUCUGAAGAAGAAGGAGCUGAGAAAAGAAAGAGUCUUAUGCGUCUUAAAGAAUACUUCUCAUUGGCAACCAAGAAAAAUCCUGGAGCAGGCUUUCGAAAAGAAGAAAAGGAGAAGCGGAAAAGAAAGAUUGAUGAAAAUCAAGAAAGCCCAAAAGAUCCGAUAAAGUUUUAUAACUAUCCUGUCAAUAGAACUUCUGAUUUUUCUACUAAACGAUCACCAAAAGUUGAAACUGAUAGUAGCCAAUCGUUCUCGAAAGUGCCCAAGUUGGAACCAAACAAACCUUUCAUAGACCAAGAUAGGAUCUCGACUAGUGACGUUAUUUCAUUUUUGACCAGAAUCAAGACAAGAUUUAAUGAGAAAUCUCAUAUAUUAAUGAACAUACUAAAAGUUUUCCUUGCAUACAAAGAUUCUUCCGGGGGGAAUGCUGCUGAUCUGGAAGAUAUUCUCUUUGAUUGUGUUUGGGAAGCCAUAAAUUCAGAACCUGAUCUUUUCCCAGAUUUCAAAUCUUAUUUCCCUCAGUUGCUCGAUGAUUGUAGGAGGGAUAUCCAGGAUGUCGAACACAGAGAAACGAGCGAUAGAACUUUGGAGCCGAGAAAUCCAUUAUCUCCACGAUUCGGGAAAAAAGGUAAGGCGAAUGAUCGCUUUUCUUUCGAAGUGCAACCGGAAAGCUUCAUAUCGCCUCGUACUCCUCUUGAAACUAUGGAUAAGCAAUCCGUUGGAGUCAUACACAGAGGUGCAGGUUCGGUUUCAGAGAACCAAAACUCUUCCGAAAGUACUGAAAAUACUUCUGGAGACCGCACCGAUAACACGUCCACUGAGAAUUCUGAGAAAUCGACUGAAAAUACUGGACAAGAUUCUUCUGGAAACACUGAGAACAACAACUCAGAAAGCACAGAGAAGAGUGCUACUGGAAGUGCCGGACAGGAUUCAUCCAACAAUUCUACUCAACGCCCAGAUGGGAAUAAUGGCUCUGGGUCGGAAAAAAGGCGAAAUACCGUAUGUUCUGCUGGAAGCGAUGAUAAAACUGCCAGUUCUCAUAGCUCGGAGAGGAAUGAUGUUCAACAAGAUUCAAGGAACGAUGAUCAGAGCUCCACUCAGGAUAAAUCAAGAAGCUCUACUGCAAUUCAUGUUAACAGUACCACUGAGGAUAACACUACGAAUUCUGAGGAAAUUCCCAGUACAUCAGCUGUAACUUCAGCUGAUCCCAAUGACAAGGAUGUCAACAACGUGGACUCUGCAGUGAAAGAGGGUAUUGGGAAAGAUGUCGUGAACACCGGAACGAACAGUUUAGUUACAAGUACCGAAGAAGCUUUGUCUGAAAAUGCAAGCUCUCACACAGCUGAAGAACGGAAAGAGCAUCUAAACCCACAAGCCCAAAGCACUGUCAAGGAAUCUGUUAAAACUGAUUGCAGCAAGACUGUAGAAGUCACUGAAAGUAACACUGAUUCAAACGCUGAGUCGACUUCUCAAAACAAUGAAGACGAAUCUUCUACGAAUUCGAAACAUGAAGUGAACAAGGGUGCAACCAAUACUGAUGGUAUUGGAAACACUGCAAGUGAUGGCGGCGCUAACAACGAAGCAUGUGAUAACCCAGAGCCUGCUAUGGAGAACCCUAAAGGCGAAGCUGUUAGUGAAUCCAAAGAAGAGACCAAGAAUACUGUCUCAGGAAAUGAUGAAAAGGAAUCAAAUCUGCCUCUCAAAGAUUCGCUUUGCAAGUCGGAGGGAAGCUCAAAACACGAUGAUAAGAUGUGCUCCAAAAGUUCUACAAAUUCAGAGAAUGAUUCUGGCAAAAAUUCACAGGAAGAAAGAAGAGAAGUUAACAAGGAUACCGCUGACGAAACACCGAGAGUAAUAAUAGAUAAAGGAAACUCUGCUGAGAUAGAUGAUGAUGAACUUGGCACUACGAAAAAUGAUGCUGAUAAUGAACAGUUGGAGGAAGAACCUAUUGAAAUUGCGCGUGAGGACGAUUGCACAGUGGAAUGCGAAGAAACUGUAGAUAGCACUGAUCUCGAUGAUAUUGAAGCAGUUCGUCAGAAUAGUACUGCGGAAAAUACUCGAGAAAACGCUCAAGAAACGCCAGAAGAUUGUAGAGAAAAAGAAUCCGAGAGAAAGUCAGGAGAACUCCCCAAGGAAAAUGAGCAAAACAAUGGCAGUUCUAAUUCUCAUGAAAAGGAAACAUCUGAAGGAUCUGUAAGGGGAACAUCUGACGAAGACCCUAUCCAGGAUCCUGACGAUGGUUCUGGAUCUGCUUCUGCUUCAGGUUCUCGUUCUGUGUCUGGCUCACGCUCUGGCUCCCCCUCGGGCUCUCGCUCCGGCUCCGGUUCUGGUUCUGGUUCUGGUUCUGGUUCUGUUUCUGUUUCUGGUUCUGGUUCUGGUUCUGGUUCUGGCUCUGGUUCUGGUUCUGGCUCUGGCUCCGGCUCCGGUUCAGGCUCUAGAUCUGGCCUUAGAUCUGGUUCGGACACUGGUCAUGCCUCUCGCUCGCGCUCUGGCUCUGUGUCAGGUUCCGGCUCUCAAACUGGCUCCCGGUCUGGUUCUCGCUCUGGUUCUCGCUCUGGUUCUCGCUCUGGUUCUCGCUCUGGUUCUCGCUCAGUCUCGCGCUCAGGCUCUGGUUCUGGCACUAGACCUGGUUCUGCAUCGGGCUCAGACGCAGACUCAGAGUCAGACUCGAACUCAGAUGAAGAUCCAGAAAAUACUCGUCGCGAAUUUGUUCACCCUGAAAAUGUUGACUCUGAUAAUGUUGAUCCUGAAGACGAUACUGAGGACGACACUGAUGACGAUAAUCGAGAAGAAGAUACUGAAGAUGAGGCUGACGAUGAGGCUGAAGAAGAAGAUGUAGAUCAAGAUGUAGAAGAAGAGGCUGAAGGAGAGGCUGAGGAAGAGGUAGAAGCAGAGGCUGAAGAAGAGGUAGAAGCAGAGGCUGAAGAAGAGGUAGAAGCAGAGGCUGAAGAAGAGGUUGAAGGAGAGGUCGAAGAAGAGGCUGAAGAGGAACGCGAAGAAGAACCCGAAGAUGCUGCUGAAAACCAACCUGAAGAAGAAUGCACUCCUGAGAGCCCUGGCGACAAUGGUGAUAUUACUGCUAAUGAAGAUGGAUUGGACGACGAUCUAGUUCAAGACCUCUUUCGUCAAGGAUUGGUCAACGAUACACGUGAUGUGCGUGGAUUGAUUGCUCUUAUAAAAGGCGAUGCAGAUUUCAAUGAUGAUGAGGAUGACGAGGACAUAGAAAGUGAUGUUGAUGACAGUGAUACCUCCGCUGAAAAAAUGGCAAUCGAAGUUUCCUACAAUACUCACUUGAAAAAACUCGUUUGCUCAUCCGUCAGUCAUCAAGUUAUGAAUGAGUCUUUGGAAUGGGGAACGAAAGUUAACGGAAAUAAACGGCAGACAGAAAAAGAAGAAUUCAUAGUUGUUCAGAAGUCAGUAGUUAGAACAAGCGAUCCCGAGCAGCAUACGAAAUCUGUUGAUACGACAAGCAUCCAGACAGAGUCUGUUACUUACACUGUGAUUACUGAGGAGAGAACUAUCAAAGAAGAAGUCAUCGAAACGGCCCCACAGCCACUUUCUCUGAAGAACUAUGAUCCAGAAAUAUUAGACUAUGCAACUCUUGAAGAUAUUGCCUUUUACGAGAAGGCUCGUUCAGUCGUGAAGCCUCAUGAGUAUGAAAAUUUUCUUCGUCUCUGCAAUAUGUACAAUUUUUCUAUCAUAUUACCAUCAGAUUUCUUGGAUGCUGUUACGAAGAUCUUAGGUCCAUAUCCUAAUGUUUUCAACAUGUUCAAGAAAGCAUAUUUCCAUGAAGAAGAUGUUACUGAAGUUGAUAUAGUUGCGAAACCCGAUUCUCCAGUUGAUAGUGAUUGUGACACAGACUACACCCCUGUCGAAGUUUUAGGCAUCAGUUAUAGAACUCGUCCCGCCGCUUCUGCACAGCUUCUCUGCUCAGGCAGGACAGGAUUGUGUAAAGAAGUACUGAAUGAAGAAUGGAUUUCUGUGCCUUCAUCAAGCUCUGAAGAUACAGUUUCUGUUUCUGCAAAGAAAACAACAAUCGAAGAUUAUUCUUGCAAAAUAGAAGAUGAGCGUUUCGAGCUUGAUAUUAUUCUGGAAGUCAAUAAAUAUGCUAUUGAGAGCUUGCAGCUCAUCGUGAGUCAAAUCGAAGCAAUGGACGAACAAGAUAGGGAAACUUUCCAACUUGAUGAUAAGCUCGGUGCUAGCUCAGGUGUUUUGAUGCGCAGAGCAAUCAAGAGGAUAUAUGGAGAAACAGCGCCAACUAUCGCAUUGGCUCUCAAGUUCAGCCCUUUCGCUACUGCCAGAAUGGUUCUGGAACGGCUCAUGACCAAAGAAAAGGAAUGGUUGGACGCUAGACGGAAUAUGAAUGAGAUGUUCUGGUUAUGGAGAGAGCAAAACGAGCGACAUGUUCUUAGAGCUUGUGAUCAACAAUCCAACUUAAUAAAAGCGUCUGACGCUCGAUGGAUCAAAACCAAAAACCUCAUUCGUCAGGUUGAAAUCGUGUAUGAAGAGAGAAAAAUGAGGUCUGACGACAAAUUUGCUGAAGAUCAGGGACCUCAUGUGGUCUGCUACUAUCCAACUGAAGAGAACGUAAUUUCGGAUGCAACUAGUCUGGUCCUUCACUAUGUCAAAAAACAAUCUAACAUCCAGCGGACUGAUAAGUCGAGAAUUAAGAAAUUCCUGAAAAGGCAUUUGAACGAGUGGUUUUCGGUUGACUUCGAAGAGCUCAGUGACAACGAGGAUGAUACAGACCCUCUUUAUUCCAUGCAAUCAUUCAGACCUCGAGGAAAGAAGCCUUCAAUACCUGGAGACUCCAAAACACGAAUUGUUUACGGAGGCAAUGUCCUUUAUUCUUUCUUACGUCUGCAUCAUAUAAUAUGCGAACGGCUUGGAAAUCUUAAAAAGAAAAACCGAACCUUACUGAAUCAGUACUUCAUGGAGAGAGAUACUUGGUCGAAAUUGAACACAAUUUAUGUUGAAGAAGGAAAGAAUGGUUCUCGUUCAGAGCUGUUAAAUGCCAAUGACAUAAAUAAUGGUCUUCUUAACUUGAGGGAAGAGCGUCGGUGUCCAGCAACAUUCUAUUACGACACUUUACGCGAAAUUAGGGCCUUCAUAGAUGGACAGUUGGAGAACCCUCAAUUUGAAGAUGGAAUUAGAGCGAAAUUCCCUACCGAUGCCUAUCUAGUUAUCAGUAUUGAUAAGGUGAUAGCAGCUGCUGCUCGUCAGUUGCAUCAACUAGUUUCUGAUGAAGUUGAAGGUGUUGCAAUUCCUUUGUACAAUCGGUUUAGAUUAGAGGAACCAUUGCAUACAUAUGAUCGUUCUGAUUUCCGUUUCAAAUACGAAGAAGAGUACCAAGCUGCAGUUGUCCAAGAGCUAGCAACUACAAAUCGUUUCAAAUUUACAAUUAUUUUCGAUUUCAACCACAUUACCACUAUUGAGAUGCUUGAUACUGACACUGAGGUCAAGAAACGGAAAGUUAUGCCUAGAAAAACAGUUGAUUAUUUGUUGGAAGAUGAAGUAGUCAUUGAGAAUGGAGACGGCGAGGACAGUGAUAACAAAGAGAAAAUACAAAAUCAAACCUAG